GAAGUAGCGCAUUUUCUGUUGACCAAUAAAAUAUGUGUGCAUCGCAAAAAUAGCAGUUAGUUCUAAAUUAGCUUGCUACUGUUUGACUCGAGUUAGACCACUUCGUUUACUGAUCCACAAAGUCCAAUUGUGCACUUCGUAUUUAGUAUCAUCUGAAGUUGUCAGCAGCAAAUGAUGAGACGUUCAUUCGCGAUCAUUCUCCUAGUUGCGGCUUGUGUUGUUAACAUAAUUGUUCACGCAUCCAGUGACGAAGAGAAUUCAUUGAUGAAAUAUUCUCAAAAUGGUGACUUAGCUGGUGUUCGAAGCCUUAUCAAAAAAGGCGUGAAUUUGAAUGCUAAAAACGACAAUAAUAACACAGCACUUCACUACGCAGCUUUUGGAGGCCAUGCGAACGUAGUUCGGGCUCUAAUUGAAAAUGGGGCAAAAGUAGAUGCUAAAGCCGAAUAUAAAGCGACACCACUUCAUUACGCAGCUUCUGAGAACCAUGAGGAUGUAGUUCAGGCCCUUGUUGAACUUGGUGCAAAUUUAGAUGCUGAGGACAAUAAUAAGAGGAGGCCACUUCAUUAUGCAGCUCAAUUUGGCCAAGUGAAAGUAGUUCGGGCUCUUCUUGAACAUGGUGCAAAUGUUCUUGCAGAAAACGUUGAUCAAAAAACACCCCGUCAAAUAGCCGAACAAGAAGGUUUUAGGACAGUGGCUCAAAUCCUGAAAGAAGCCGAAGAAAAACUAACAAUUCGAACAUAAAUUGUGUAUUGAUUAGCUUUUAUGGUCCGGCAAUGCGUGUUUGCAAUUCAAGAAAUAAAUUGUGUAGUUUAGAAAUGAAUAUUUAAAUUCAAUCCAAUUCAAAUAAAUAUUUGGCAUGGUGUAUUAGA